CGGAAGCGUGUGCACUUCAAAUCUGCCUUCUCUAACAUAUUGUUUCCCCUUUCUAUCUAAAAUCGCGGCAUUAAAACUAAAAUGGAGACGUGGAGUCUCGUUUCUAUCAGCAUUUUCCUCGGGAUUACCGUGAGAUGGGGAGUGUCCUUUAAUUCUUACUCGGGGGCAGGUAAACCACCCAUGUUCGGUGACUAUGAAGCGCAAAGACACUGGCAGGAAAUCACCUACAGCCUUCCUGUGCGGCAAUGGUACUUUAACACCACAGACAAUGACCUGAACUACUGGGGUCUUGAUUACCCCCCACUAACAGCUUAUCACAGCUGGAUAUGUGCUCAUGUAGCCAACAUGAUAAACCAUGAAUGGGUGGAACACCAAAAAUCCAGAGGCUAUGAAAGUCCAACACACAAGCUGUUCAUGAGGACUACAGUGUUGAUCACGGAUUUGCUGAUUUACAUUCCGGCUGUGGUUGUAUACUGCAUUUGCUUGUGUGAGGGAGCACUUCGAAAGAAGGUGUGCAAUCUGCUCUGCUUCCUGCUCUAUCCAGGACUUAUCCUCAUCGACCACGGACAUUUCCAGUACAAUUCAGUGAGCCUGGGCUUGGCACUAUGGGCCAUUGUGGCUCUGGGUCGGGGUUGGGAUGCCACUGGUUCUGCCGCCUUCUGCCUUGCUCUGAACUACAAACAGAUGGAACUCUACCACGCACUGCCCUUUUUCUGCUACCUCCUGGGGAGAUCAAUCAAACAAGGGCUGUUGGGCCGAGGGUUCCUCCUCUUGCUGAAAGUUGCUGCAACAGUGUUAGUGACCUUUGCACUCUGCUGGCUGCCCUUUCUGUCUGACCAGGGUCAGAUCUCACAGGUGCUCAGAAGGAUUUUCCCAGUGUCACGUGGUCUCUUUGAGGAUAAGGUGGCCAACACAUGGUGCAGCUUGAAUGUCUUGAUAAAGAUCAGAUCCAUUCUCUCUGGCAACCAUCAGCUCUAUCUCAGCUUGGCCUGCACGCUGUUGGCCGUGCUACCCUCCUCCAUCAGACUCAUGUCCAAGCCGUCCUUCUGGCAAUUCAAAAUAGCACUGGUCAACUCUUCACUGGCGUUCUUCCUCUUCUCUUUCCAAGUCCAUGAGAAGUCCAUCCUGCUGGCUGCUUUGCCUGUCUGUCUCUUCUUGAACGACCUACCUCUCAUCUCCAUUUGGUUCCUGCAGACAUCCACGUUCAGCAUGCUGCCUCUGUUCCUGAAGGACGGCCUUAUCAUUCCCUACAUUGUGACCUCGCUGUCCUUCCUCUACUUGAGCACCUACCUGCUCUCUGCACUUGAGCGCUGCACUGAGGAGGAACUGAGAUUGGUACCCUACCACAAACUCCUAUUCUUGCUCCCCAGAAUGAACCUCGCAUGCGUUGUCAGAUGGACGUUCUAUAUCAGCCUCACAAUCAUGGUCAGCCUCAGCGUGGCGACCGUCGCUGUCAAGCCGCCGGACCACCUUCCAGACCUGUUCCCCGUUCUGGUGUCUGCCUUUUCCUUCCUGCACUUCUUGGGCAUGUUUGUAUAUUUCAACAUUCUUCACUUCACCACCAAGUCCACCAAGAAGACCCAGAAGAAGAACAAAUGAGUUGUGGAAAAAGUGCCUGGGUGAUUUAAAGCCAUUGAUGCGCUUAUAUCAGGAUGUUUACCCUCAUGCACCAAAAACAUUGUCAAAUUGUGCUGGGAAACCACUUACCUGCUGACUCAUCAAUUUGUUUUUUUUUCAGUCAUGUUUUACAAAAAAAAACCAACGUAAUUUAUAAUUAAGAAAAGGAUAUAAAUAUCUAGCCAUUGACAAUAAAACUUUUUUCUUUUCUUUGUCAUUGUUUCUUUUAUUUUUCCUUGUCUUCUGUCAGCAAAGAGCUGAGACAAAGCUCUGCUUUUACCAGUCCAUUUGUAAUCUCACCUUUGGUCGUGAGCUUUGGGUGAAUAUCAAAAGCUCAAGAUACAACCUGCCAAAAGUUCAAUCAAUACAAAAGUCAGUACAUGAGGGAAAUAUUAGACCUCAGAUCCAUACAUGGCUCAAUUAGUUUCAUGACAAAACUCAUUUAAAUUAUAUACUGUACUUUAAUGGGGGUGCAUCAAAAAUUCGGCUGCAGAAAAAAAAAGACUUCUAGUGCCGAAACAAGAUUAGAUGACGCAAGAAUAGCCACUGCCACUGCGAGAUUGUCUAGAUAGAGCUGGUCUGUGGCGUGGAGGGAUUUCUGCGAACACAUGUUUUGACCAAAAUUGUCACCGUUAUCAUUUCUUCACUUCUUUGGUUGGUCAGUUAGAAGCCUGUGUGUCAUUCAUGAGUCUGACUGCAAAAUGUUUUGUUUUGGAUUUUAUUAAAUUUCUUUAUUGCACAUCGUUGACAUGUCAUUGCUAUGUGAACAUUUUCAGACACAUUUUCUCAUUGAUUUAUUAUUUGAAGCAGGAAUACUUCUUUAUGUGAUUGCAAUGCAAUGAUUUUUGUGAGUUAAGAACGUAGUCAUAGCCAUGAAUACAGUGGUACUACUAACUGGCGUAAGAGUUCGUUCGCUGUUUCGGUUUUUGGCCCUGGUCACCUCAUUUUCAGUUUCAGCCAAGAAUUUCAUUUUGGUGCUUCCCUGUUAAAUACUAUAUUACAUUUACCUGUUGGACGUCGUAUUUGGUUAAUUUUUGUGAGCUAUGCCAGCUAUUAACGCCUGAAGUGAGAAAUACUGUAGUUAAAAAUAAUUUUACAAAAAUACGCUGCUCUGAUAGAGUGAAGAAAAAAUGCUGAAACAGAGCACAUUUUGUGGAAAAUAUAUUGGAAAAUCCAGAAAGUAACUACAUUUAAAUACAUUUCAAA